AUGUCUACAUUGGUAGAGCCAUCUGUACAACAGUUAUCUAUUGCUACUGCAUCAAUGGAAUUCCAACAGAACGACAUUACUACAUCCAGCAGCAAUGAGUGUCCUUCCAAGACAUCUGUGGAGACCAACACUACUACUGCAUCAUGUUUAAUACAAAUACCUCCACUCACUCCACCCAAGCCAAAGAGUAGUUCAGCUAAAGCAGCAGUCGGUAGGAGUGGUGAGCCAACCAGACCUAUUCCAUCCAUUCCUUUAUGCAAUGGCUCAAGACCAGACGAAACACUCAAGCAGACGAGUCAUGCCAAUCUGACCACUGUGCAGACAAGCAGUUUUGAUAUGAAUAAGAACAAGGAGAGUGUUGAUACUACUUGCAGUAGUGGGCCAUCCUAUGAGUCCACACCCUUGCCUUGUAUCGGUUCUAACCAGCUACCUAUUCAAGUACCGCGACGAGUUUCUUCCAUGGCAGCAGGCAUGAGUAUGGCGAUUGCAGCACAAGCAAUGAGAGAAGCCAAUCAGACACAUGCCAUGAUAGCACCACUCACUACUGUAGGUGAUCGCAUUCUAUAUAAAAACAAUGGCUCGCAAGAAAAGCUUGGAGUAGUAGCAAAUCCAUCAUCAUCAAGUCUAUGUCAUGACAUUAAAGAGCCAAUGAUGACCAUUACAGAGUUGGAUUCGGAAGCCGGCAUUGCAGCAACCACCAAUGUUGUGAUUCCAUCAUCUGUAGCAGGAAUGGUCUUGACACCACCAGCGCUGUUGCCCAAACCCAUUCAUCUAAAAACACUCUCCAGUUCUACUAAUGUAAAACUGGAUCAACACAUCAAGAUCAUUCAAACUAUACCACAACCCGCAUCGCAACCAUCAGAUUCUGCCAACAUGACAUUGGAUUCUGAUGGAGCGAGAUGCGCUGAACCCGCGCUGUCAAGCGUGCCCAGCGUGAACAGAAAAGCCCUAUCAUUGACAAUGCCAUCCAUACAGUCUGAACAGAAGCCAACAUCCAUUGUACAGCCUCACCUUACCACUAGAGGUUAUCUUGCAUCCCAUCAACUUUUAUUAGAACAAUCACAUUCUCUCGCAACUCAAACACCAUCAUCGGAUACUGUCGGCAUCAGUGUGACGGGCAUUGGUUUAGAUACGAACUACAACUCAAUGCUUGGCACUAACUCUCAUCGCAUUUACAACAAUAACAACCGUUCAAGCUCUCGCUCAAGUACAUCAAGCAAUGGCAGCAUUUAUAAUAAAACUCGUUCAGACUCUGGUCGCUCGCAGUCUUUGGCUAAACGCAUAUCAUCCAAGGUCAUGAGCAUAUUCUCAUCCCGCAAGACUAUAGCUGAUCAUCCAGAGUUGGCAGGCAUUGAUGAGCUGAAUGAGCCUGAAUAUAUCAAUCAACCGCCUCAUACUGGUCUUGCAGAUCAUCAAACAGCCACAACCCAUUCUGACAACUUUACAGUAGGAAGAACAUCAGUAGAAUCCAACCACUCUGCAUUGUCAUAUCAAUCAACAUCGUCUGCCAAGACUUCUGGGUUUGAAAAGCGUCUGUUUGGAUCGUCCAAGAUGAAGCAAUCUCAUACCAACAUCAAAAGCUUCGGCUCUGAUUACAGCCUUGGUCACAUUGAUCCCUCCAUACCAUCCUCAAGCAAGUUGCUUCCUGAAAGCAAUCCUUCUUUACGUUCCUUGGCAUCGUCAUCGCUUACUACCACCAUUCCUCCAUCUAAUGUCACUCGCACUCUUGAACCUUUCAAUCCAUCCAUCGUAUCAUCUGCACCAUUGGACUCACUUGAUCACUCUGUCAAGGUAAUUAUUUAUCAAUGCGACACUAUGUUGGACUCUUGCGUUGUACAUGUAACUAACCAAGUAUCGAAUCAUGUAAAUUUGAAAAUCAAGACUUUGCUUUCUACACAGAAUGUUGAUUCCAAACAACAGUCGCCUAUCACUAUUUCUGCUGUUACUACUGCCAAGUCCAAUUCAGAUCCUUCUCCUGUGUCUGAACUCCUCACUUACCCGGUUUCUUCCGUAUCCACAACAUCCCACUCAGAAAAUACAAGCAUUGAAAAGUCCAUUCCACCAUUGCUUUCAUCUUCACUUGCACCAUCAUUGAACCAUUUUUCCACAGUGGCUGCGGAUCCGAGUUUAUCUAAUACUGGCUCAAGUCGUGCCAAAUUUGAAUCCUUGAAUCACGCUAAACCAUCACUGCCUUGUAAUACCAGCGCAACUACAUCAAUGUCUAUGCUACCCGUUUUACUGGUCGAUCAACCAUUUGAUUUAUCAUCAUCUAUAUCUAUUCCGCCUCCAACAUCUAUAUGGUCACCGUUAUCGACUUGUGCUGCGUCAUCCAUUAUUCCUCAGUCACAUAUGAUGUUUAUGUCAUCGACAUCGUCCAGUAUAGCUGCUACUGCUCCUUUAGGAAUACCAUUGUUACUCGACUCGCCUAUGCUUGUUUCGACUUUGGCAGUAUCUGUAGCACCAGAAACUUUGACUACUUCAAACAUUACCCAUAAUUCUACAACUUCUUCAUCUCAAUUGAUUUCCGCUACCGCGCCUGGUAUCACUACCUCUGGUGGCUCAGGUUCAUCCAUACAACUGCCUUUAGUACAGAUUUCUCCUUUGAUGGAAUUCGAAUCUUGGACACCACAGGAUCUUGUACACGAUCAGUCUCUUGCAUCUAGUACAACUGCCAUGCCUAGUAAUAUACGGCAAUCUAGCAUGCAUGCGACAUCAUCCCCAGUGAAUAUUCCAGUGCCUUUUCCCCAUCAGCUUUCACUAAGCGCCAGUAUACCAUCGUCACAUAUGUCCAUGCCAAGGCCUGUUAGAAUUAGCAGUAGCACCAGUCCUAACUACAGAGGAAGGCUUUUAACCUCUCCUCGUACCAUUCGAUCCCCAUCUUCCUCUCCGCCCAAACAUUUAACAGACUGGAAUCCGUCUAUUUCUCCUGUUGCUUCCGAGGAAGAGCUUAGUGAUUUUAAGAAAUGGGUGCUGACUCGUGAGAAUACAGAUGUUACAGUUCACUCGAUUGUUGCCAGUCCAGUUACUUUGAAAAAAAAGAAUUCAUUCAAACGAACCAAAUCGUUUGCUGAGCGUCAUAUCAAUAUUACUGCUGCAUCACCCAAACACAUCAGUUUUGACAUGGUUGCUCAUUCCAAUACUAUGCAUGGUAAUCAGAACCGUUUUACUAGCCUCAGUGAUAAUGAUAGCUAUACCAACACGCUCGAUACGGAUUUGGAAACUAAUGAUACAAACCCAAAAAAUGUGUUGCCCAUUUUUGACGAGUUUUCAGAGGGUGAUUUGAUUCAACCACAGCUCUCCACGGACCAUUCUGCCUCGUUAUCUAGCAAUCUCAACACGAGCCCAAAGUCGGAAAAACUACUUCGUUCUCAUGUGUAUCGUAGUCGUAAUCUGAGGCGUGGUUUAUUUGCAAAUGAUCCGUCACGAAAGACUUUUUCAGACUCUAGCCCUGAUACGAGCAAUGUUUCUGAUACUCUCAAGGUAUCAGAUGAUGAAAAGCAUACAGACAAGGAUCAAUCUACACAAAAGUCUGAGAUUGCUGAUCCUGCCUUUGCAGAAGUUUCACAAGACGUUGAUCCUAUGCCAUCGCUUCAGUCUACAACAUUGGCUUCAGAGUCGAUGGCUGUCAAUGCAUUCAUGCUAUCUCCUACAACCGAUUCGCUUGACCUGGCAUCUAUUCCUCCAGAAGGCACUGCACGUCGUCGUCAAACCAAAAAAGCGUUUGCUGCUGUAACGCCUACAGUGGUGCAUGCUGACUUGACCCAUCCCUCAACCAAAUCACUUCUUGGUCCAAUAGAAUCCUCUGACUUUAAAAACUUUAAUGAUAGUUAUUCCGACGAUGCCUCAGAUUCAUCCGAAUCAUCCGAAUCUUCAUCAGAAUCUGUUUCACCAACUUUUUCUUUGUUACCAGCACUUAAAUAUGAUGCUGGAAAUACCCCUCGACUUCUCACCUCGUCCAAGAGUUUAGAUUUGGGCGAACUGGAACGCAAACCUAUUGGCGAGUUUCAAAAAUCAUCUUCACUUGCAUUACUUUUAGAAUCUUCUUUUCAUUCUUUUGUCAAAUCAAAGCAUAGUGUUGACAAGACGAGUACAGCAAAUUCUCAAUCAUCCUCAGCAAAUCCUACAGCUUCAAGGACUUCUACAGACCGCUCAUCCACCUCUACCAAACCAAAACAUGCAUCCAAAGAACCCAGUAAUAAGCCAUGGAAUUGGAUCAAGGAUGUACUUUAUCCCAAGAAAAGCAAAUCCGUCGUGAAAGACGUGGAUACGUUUAGCAAUGAUAACAAUCCAUAUGAUCAUGAUUGGAACCCAUACCCACAAGAUUCUUUAAAUGGCGAAUAUGGUACUGGAGAUGGAUCUGUACUAUCCAAUAGUGGUUAUGAGUGGUCUGGUGGCAGAUUACCAUCUGAUGAUGAAAAGAAUAUUUACAAACUAUCGCAUAUGAAGCUAGCACAGCUAGGGCGGCCGUUGGAACAUCAGGUGGCAAUCUCUAAUCUAAUGAUGUAUAUCUUGAGUGUGCAUGCGGAUGUGACGCUGAAACGUCGCGGACCUCGUGUGCGCGGUUUGCGUAAAGGAGGGAGUCGCCGUCGCAUGCGACAUCAACAGCAGCAGGAACACAUGCAAAGCCAACAAGAAAUGUAUGAUGGCCAAACUGACAUGUCAUAUUCUUCUACACCUCAACAGCCACUGAUUGACAUGCAAUCAGCGGGUCAGCUCGCUGUUGGGUCUAAAUUUAUCCCACAGCCUGCUUCUUCUGUAUUUGCCAAUGAUACUAUGUUUAGUGGUAGUUAUGGUGAAUCUUCUCAACUGCAACUCAAUGGAAGCAGCACAUUAUCUGAACUUGACAAAUCUUCCAGGACAAAAUCAUAUUCAACGCAAACCACCUUGAACCCUGACAAGGAAACUGCAAAUGCACAGCUAGAUCACGCCAGUGCUAAAGCAAAUGGAGAUGGCGGUCAAAGUGAUAGCGAUGGUGAAGAAGCAGACGAUGAAGAUGAGAGAAGUAGCGGUGAUAAAUCUGCGAUGCAGUCUUUAGAAACCACUGGAUCAGCAAAGUCUAAAUUGAAUCAUGUAGGGAAUGGCAUGAUUUCUGGACGACACGGUAUGAGUCAGUCUCGUUCCUCUGCACCAUCUAAUACAUCAAGAUCUGGUGUAUGGAAUCAACUCAAACGUUCAGGUUCUCCUCCCUUGACAACGAUGCUUCAAAAGCCUAUAUCGAAUACGAGCGAUAGUACCCAAGAUGAAGAUGAAGACAAUGUACCUUUGGGUAUGCUACAGGGCCGUCGGUCAUAG